UGGGAACAGGCUAGAACCGGUUAACGACCGGCUGGUAGGAUGGCUGGUGCACCCGGGGACGGAGGAGGAGUUUCUGCGCAGUGAGCCUGACAGCCAGGUUCCUCUCCGCCGCGGAUUUUACGUAACACAGAGGUUACCGGAGGGCGGUGAAGGCGACGCUGAGGGACAGUGAACGUCCGACACGUUACCGAAACACGGCUGAAGACGUGGAAUGAUUUGCGGCCUUUUACUCUAAUAAAAAUAAGUUUCUUAGGCCUAUGGUUAGAUUGAGAUCCGAAACGCUGAAGCAGCUUUAUAUCUGAGUCGGGAGGAGGCGCCGGUCUCUGGAAGCAGUGCGCUUUAUACAGAAUACGGCGUUUUUUGUGCAUUGAUGUGCCUAAAUAAGUUGCAGUCUGAGGCGGUUUACUUUGUUGCUGGUAAGGUCUGAAGAUAGCUACGGCUUCCCUCACGACACCAUCGAACUAAGAAACAACCAGGAGCGCAGACAGCCUGUGAACGAAGACGCGUCGCUGGGCAUUUACAGUAAAUACACUGCAGCCUUCCCCGAAGUCGGCGGCGCGGUGGUCCCCAGUGCUGGCACGUGACACCAUGCUCGCCCCCCGGCGCACUCACGCGGUCGGACCGUAGCCUGUGGCACUCCGAGAUAGGAUCUCCGAGGAGAGACUACAUGAUACACCGGAGUACGCCGGCUUUGAAGGACACCGAAACCUCUUUCCUGGGCAACAUGGAGCUGAUGUUGGCCCACCCAGCGCUCAAAGCCUUCAUGUGCGGCUCUCUGAGCGGCACCUGCUCCACCCUGCUGUUCCAGCCUCUGGACCUAGUGAAGACCCGGCUGCAGACCCUGCAGAACAACAUGCUCCCGGGCUCACCGAAGGUGGGGAUGGUGACGGUGUUUCUGAAUGUCGUUCGUACAGAGAAACUGCUGGGGCUCUGGAAGGGGGUCUCGCCGUCAUUUGUGCGCUGCAUACCCGGAGUGGGCAUCUACUUUAGCACCUUCUACUCACUGAAGCAGCACUUCUUCCCGGAGCGCGCCCCUAACGCCGGCGAAGCAGUGCUGCUGGGCGCCAGCGCCAGGGCCGUGGCGGGAGUCUGCAUGCUGCCCGUCACCGUCAUAAAGGCGCGCUUCGAGAGUGGCCAGUACAACUACGCGAGUGUGUUUGGGGCCCUGCGCAGCGUGUGUGAGGUGGAGGGGCCCAGGGCCCUAUUUUCCGGUCUGACUGCCACCCUGCUCAGAGACGCCCCCUUUUCUGGCAUCUAUGUCAUGUUCUACAGCCAAGCCAAGAAGUCUCUGCCCCAGGAGGUCAGCUCCUCACCCUACGUGCCCCUGGUCAACUUCGGCUGCGGGGUGCUAGCGGGCAUCAUGGCCUCCCUGGUGACGCAGCCCGCGGACGUGGUCAAGACGCACCUCCAAGUGAGUCCUCACCUGUACAAGAAGACCAGGGACGCUGUGCACUUCAUUUACACAGAGCAGGGGCUUGGUGGGUUUUUCCGGGGGGCCGUGCCCCGGUCCCUGAGAAGAACACUGAUGGCUGCCAUGGCCUGGACUGUGUAUGAGCAGCUGAUGGCCCGGAUGGGUCUGAAAUCCUGAAGGAGAGGGCUGCAUGGGCGUCGGUGCGUGGCGGGAAUUAAACGUGUAACUGUAUGCAGUGCAGUGGCAGAAGUGAGCAGCAGUGUGCGCGUAUCCAAGGAAAUGUGGGGUGCAUUGUAAAACAUAGUAGUAAUAAUAAUAAUAUUUUAUAAUUAAGAGAACACCGAGAGUUGUGUGAUUGUGGAGAGUGGUAGGAGCAGAAGAGGUAUGUUUGUGUGCUUCCUUGUGACCAACUUCUUGUAAAGCUAUUUAACACGGCUCACAUUCCCAAACUGAUAUAAAACCUCUGUUACGUGAGACUAGCAAAGCUGCUGACUGACACUCUGAAGUACUCAUGCUAAGGACUCAACCGGCCCCUGUAAACGUAAAUGACCUACUUGCCAAGUAAUAUGGUGUCUUUGCCAUGAGCGAGGCUUGAAGCUGCAGGAACUACAACGUGAUGAGCCCUUGGACUGCUGGGUUAUAGCAGUUACACGGCGAUGGACGGACUGACUCAAGCGCAGACAAUCAAAGUCCACUGCUUUGUGCUGGACUGCAGUGAGGGGUGAUGGUAUGGUACUUCUUAAAGUGAAGAAUUCCCUGCAAGAUCAAAAAUAGCAAUUAUUGUUCUUUAAAUGGGAGUGACUGCAGUGUUAUGUUGCACUAUAGCUAAAGACUGAUUUAUGAGACUAGUUCUUCUCACUGACAUGGUGACGUCACUCCUGUUUACACGCCCUGCCUGUAGCCCUACCGGCAGUCAUUUCAUACAAUGUAGCACUGUGGUAUAUGGUCUAAUGUGUACUGCAGGCUUUGCAUAGUACAUACCUGGAGUUCUGCUCUGUAAAUCCAUGCAGUCUGAAGUCACAAGAAAGACAACUAGCAGGAAACUGUCUGCAGAUGCACUUUAAAAGCGAAUUCACUGCAUUACAACCAGAGACGGCUGAAGUUCCAUUGCAUGGGAAGCUGGGAAGUCGUGCCGUACUAGACUUUGCCCCAGAUGCAUUUCUGUGCGUUAGGACUGUCUGUUUGCCCGUUUACCUUAUUGAGAGGGUAUAGUAAGGAUUCUUAUUUUCUUAGUAGGUACUGUUUAUAGUUUUCUGUAUGUUUGUGCCUGCACAUCUUCCCUCGGACAGGUGAUGUGCCUGUUUUAACUGAAUAAACGAUCCUUUUAUAAAA